GCCAGUAGGCCCGGGACCACGGCGGGUUUGAGAGGAGGUAGGAGACAGGAGACAGCCCGGCUAGAGCAAGAGGGGACACAGGCACCUGGACAAGCUUCCCCUGAAGAGGCCAAGGUCAUCUUCCCCGUCCUAUUAGUCCUCUUUUUUCUACCUUGGAGGGAGCCUUACCUUGUGCCCUGACCUCCGCCUUCUCUCCAAACUUGGCUGAGGGGUGACCCACUUCCGGGCCUCCAUCCAUCUGCAAAGCCACUUCCAGCCCACAAGUCCCCAGCCCAGGACCCAGUGCCGUCACCAUGGUGAAGUUGCUGCCUGCCCAGGAGGCAGCCAGGAUCUACCAUACCAACUAUGUGCGGAACUCGAGGGCCGUAGGUGUGAUGUGGGGCACACUCACCAUCUGCUUCUCCGUGCUGGUCAUGGCGCUCUUCAUCCAGCCCUACUGGAUAGGUGACAGCGUCAGCACACCCCAGGCAGGCUACUUUGGCCUUUUCUCAUACUGCGUGGGCAACGUGCUGUCGUCUGAGCUUAUCUGCAAGGGUGGCCCGCUGGACUUCUCCUCCAUCCCCUCUAGAGCCUUCAAGACUGCCAUGUUCUUCGUGGCCUUGGCCAUGUUCCUCAUCAUCGGCUCCAUCAUCUGCUUCAGCCUGUUCUUUGUCUGCAACACGGCCACUGUCUACAAGAUCUGCGCAUGGAUGCAGCUGGCUGCGGCCACAGGCCUGAUGAUUGGCUGCCUGGUCUACCCAGAUGGUUGGGACUCAAGUGAGGUACGGCGCAUGUGCGGGGAGCAGACCGGCAAAUACACACUGGGCCACUGCACCAUCCGCUGGGCCUUCAUGCUGGCCAUCCUCAGCAUUGGAGACGCCCUCAUCCUCUCCUUCCUGGCCUUUGUGCUGGGCUACCGCCAGGACAAGCUGCUCCCUGACGACUAUAAGGCCGAUGGACAAGAGGAAGCCUGAAGCAACAGGAGUGUUGGUCAUCUAUUUCCCUGACAAUGGAAAAUGAGGGAAUCAAAUUCUUCAGAAACAGAAACUUGUUCCUUCCAUGCUUCCCUGUAUCUGCUGCUCUAGGCCUGAAAUCCUGAAGCCUUUCAUUAUAGGAUGCCAAUCUCCUGAGACAAGACCUCUUACUGUAUCGGGAAAACUCCAGCGAGGAAGAACUGCAGUGACCACAUACAAGAUGUUCAGAGACACGUGUUUAACUCUCCUGACUGGGGACCCACUUUCUCUUCCUAUCCUUUCACACCAGCAAAUUGCUUUACCCUCUUGAGGCCUCUCCGUAAAAUGAGAGCAGGAUGAGUCUAUGUCUAGGGGCCUCCCAGGUGAGUCCCUAACAGUCUAAUUCACUGAGGAUACUUGUUUGAAAGCACCCAGAAAUUAACACCCAGCUCUGAGAGGACGAUGAAGAAGAGGUGGCUGUAAGCAUGCUGGAUCAUUUCAGGUUGAGGUUUAGGGGGUCCUUUGCUUUUUUCUUUUCAGGUUGUUUUCUUAUUGAUGCUCAGAGAUGGGUAAGGAACGGAGAGGUCACCGGAACCUGAGUCCAUCAGGAUUGGGUGACUUUAGGAUCUAAAAACUUUCGAGACUAAAUUCUUUUUUCCCUUUGGAACCAAAAAUCACAUUUUUUCAGUGUCCACACUGACCCAAUCAGAAUGGGUUACCAGUUUUGGAAAGUUGUUACUUGUGGCCAGGUAAUUUGUUAGAGUAAUAGAUGAACUCUCCUGUAAAAAAAACAACUUUGGACUUGGUACAUUAAAUGGGGAAUCUUUUACCAGUCUCUAGAGGGGAACUCAGUUUAGGUAAUACCUCACUGUAGCAAAUGCCAAGACAAAGAUUAGAUUCUUUAGGCUGUUCCCUGCCCUAAGGAUGGUAUGUAUUGCAAUAGAAACAGGGUUUUGUUGAUUAUCUGCAGUGAAUGAUCCAGGAAGAACAGUGCUUUUUUCUGGUCUUUUGCCUGUUUGCUCAGUAAAGAGAAAACGUGGGUGCUGUUUUCUCACAGGUAGAAAGUGGGUAAAUGUUGAACAAAACCAUAAUGGAUCUUGUUGCUUGAUCAACCAGCAGUGACACGGAAAACAGGCUUCUUAUUCUGGGCUGCAGGGAUUAUUCAGAGUGCACUGGUUUAAAAGAUGCCUUUUAACCAGUGCACUCUUGACAACCUGCCCAGUCAGUGCAGUGUUUCUUCUCCAGUUCAGAUAGGCUAGGUAUGAGUAUCCCAGCAUUGUCCCAGUUGUUGAUAAUGGGGACUAUUAG